AUGAGUGGAAAAAGAAAACCUACGGAACGUGUUGCCGAUCCUACUUCAACUGCCUACAGUGAGCGAUUGCACGGUACUGAAGAGGAGUACGAUCAUCGUAUAGUUGACCCGCAGCAGCACAUUCAGAAGCGUUGCAAGCGAUACUUCAAGUUCGGUGCCAUACUGGAAGGCAUCUCCACACUGACGGACAUACAGCAGCAGGAUCUUGUGACCGGUGGCCCGAGCCAGUACCAGGAUCAAAGCAGUGGCCAUGGGCUGGACUAUCACGCGGCGCAUGUCAUCCGGGUUGGAGAGAUCAAUGAAGAGCUAAAAAGCGACCACAGACCGCUGUACAAUGCGCUUGCUAACUUCCUGGGACACACGCAGGUCGUCGCAAGGGAGGCAAACCUGUGGAGAGGCAUUGGAGGUUCGAUCGAUAGGGCCCAAUCGGAUCGAUUGAUACUACUGUCCCGGGUUCGAUUUCGUGGCCUUAUGGAUGGAUCGAAUCAGAGCGCUAUCCGCAUGGUGUUGCGGAUGUUGGAGAAGGCGAUCAAAGAUCAUGUUGAAUUGUCUAGUGCCGCUAUGGAGUGGCUUAAGGAAAGUUUCAAGGACGAGGGAGUGCUGGAACUGUUCAAAUAUGGCAAAGAGGUGUACAAUAGUGUGGUGAAUGGGGAGUUCCUGAAACGGUAUGCAAAUCCUCAGUGA